UAAUACAUCCCUGUCGCAGUCUGACUUCCGUUCAUCUAGUGGCUCAUGGUGGUCCAACGAGACGCAGCGGUCAUCAAGGAAUGAGCGACAAUGUUUCUAACAACUGUCAACUUGGCUAAAGCCAAAUCCAAGACAAUCCUAGUGCAGAUGAUGAGUGCUGCUGGGACGGGUUAUUGUUUCAAUACUAAAAGAGGUCGACUGCGGGACAAAUUGGUCAUGCGCAAACAUGACCCACUUGUCAACAAGCACGUUCUUUUCUUUGAGAAGAAGAAGAUCCGAUCCAUUUAAAGGUGAUGGAAUACCUGUAUGGGUCACCGGCAUGGGCAGCCAUAGUAAAAUGAGAGGUUUCCAUCAACCUCUCAGGACUCUGUAUAACUUCCAUAUGUAUGCUCACCAUGGUAUGGAUGGCUGCUGAAGACAGGUUUUCAGUGUGUAAUGUGGAUGUAAUGCACUGAUGUUCCUUUUAAUUUCUUUGUUGUUAAGCAUAUAUACGGUAGAAAACAUUUUGUUAACUCAACUCCGAUAAUGGUCACACGAUAACACCAGAAAAACUCAAGUUUCAGGCAGCCAUGAUUCAAGAUAAUCCAAUAUGGCUGCUGCAAAGGCUGAUAUUACGCUUAAUUGCUAAACAUUACCUAAAUCUGUAGACAAUGGGUGCUACUCCUGUGUUCUCUUGUGGAUAUAUGCCUAUUUCAGCGGAUAUUUGUUUGUGGUGAUUCAAGUAUACUUAUACAAUAUGAAUCCAAAAUACAUGUUAAUAACUUGGUGUCAAUUGUGAUUAUUUUGCUAUCAAAUCAUAAGAACAGAAUAAAACAUUUGCUUUACAUUUUUUACAA